AUGGCCGAUAUUCUACUACCGGAAACUCACUAUGAUGUCAUUAUUGUUGGAACUGGUAUGGAAGAAAGUAUUCUUGCCGCUGCACUGAGUAGAGCCGGUAAAAGAAUUCUUCAUCUCGAUGUUCAUGAAACGUACGGAGCACAAUACAGUACUCUUAAUCCCAACGAAUUGUAUGAAUUUAUUCUCAAUGGGAACAAUAGUACCAACAACAACAACAACAACUCAACUCCUCGGAGUGAUGAUGGUGAAUCUUCUAUACCACUGUACAACCCUUCCUUUUCAUUAUUGAAACCACAUUUAUUUAGUAACCAUUCAUUCAACGACUCUCCAACCUAUUUUAUGAAUACUUUAAAUUCAUCGCUUCAAAGAAGAGUCAUGAUUGAUCUCUGUGGAUUACAUUUAUUGUAUUGCCGUGGUCCAAUGGUUGAUUUAUUGAUAAAUUCAGGAGUUGCACGUAAUAUGGAAUUUAGAUGUUUGGAUUCUAUUUACAUGUUUGAUCAAGAACAUGAAAGUAAUCCAUUCAAACAACCAAUCAUUAUCUAUUCAAAUAAUGACAAUGCUAAUACUGGUCAUGAUAUUACUGAUUCGGAUCAACAAGAUGAUCAAUGGAAAAUUGAUUGUUCAAAAUUAUUUCAAAUGGUUCCGACAACAAAAGGAGAAGUAUUUAAAACAAAAUUUAUUUCUCUCAAAGAAAAGAAUCGAUUAGUGAAAUUUAUUACAUUUUGUAUGGAAUUACCAUCCGAUUUAGAUUCAUCAUCAGAAGAAACAACAAAUACCAAAUUCAAACUCUAUAAGGAACAUGAAAAUGAAUCUUUUGAGUUAUUUUUAAAGAAGACUCAAUUACUUGGAGAUGAAGAGAAUUCUAAAUUGAAAUCGAUCAUUAUUCAUGCAUUGGCUCUAUUAGAUUCUGCCAAUCACUCACAGUAUUCGAUUCGUCUUGUCAUUUCUCGAGUGAAGUAUUUUAUUUCAAGUUUAGGAAGAUUUGGAAAUGGUGGAGCCUUUUUAUAUCCCAUGUAUGGUCAGAGUGAAUUGAUUCAAGUCUUUUGUCGAGUGAGUGCAGUAUUUGGUGGUGUCUAUGUAUUGAGAAGGGGAAUUCAGGGGCAUGUGAGUAUGGAUGGUGAUGGUGAGGAUGGAGGAUGGAGUCCAAUAUGUAUUGAAUGGAUUGAGAAUGAACAUUAUGAGAAAAGGCUUCAUUCAUCCACGACGACAACGACAGCGAUAACGGUUGCAGCAACGGAUAUUGCUGUUCCAUCCAGCAACAGCACCACUACCACCACUGAUCAGUCUGAUUUGACUGCCAGUUCUGCUACGACGACUGUUCCAUCCAGCAACAGCACCAGCACUACCAGCAACAGCACCAGCACUACCAGUCAUCAUGAUCAAAAUUCUACUGUUCCUUCCAUAAUGAAUCAUCGUGAUGAUUAUUACUCAAAAGAGAAACAAAUCAUUCGAGUACAGAGUGGAGUUCAAUCAUUUACAUGUGAUCAUUUAAUUGUAAAUCGAGAUACUUUAAAUGUUCAUCAUCAUCACGACUCGUCCAAUGCAAAGGAUUAUCAUAAUAUCAAGACAGUCAUUGUUUGUGAUCAACCUCUCUUCUCUUCAUCCUCUAAUGUAUUGGCUAUUAUUCCACCUGGUACGAUUCGAAUUCAAAAGACAACUCGAAGUAGUAUGAAUGUAAAAGAUAUCCUUUUAUCGAAUGAUGAUGAUCAUUUCUAUUAUGAACAACCUUUCAGUAUUUAUUUAACUCAAAUGGAUUAUACCAGUUGUACAUGUCCACGUGGAAAGUAUUUAAUUACUCUUCAAACAUGUUGUUGUGAUGGUAGUGGUAUCAUGUCCAAUAAUAGGGUUGUGGAUUCUCUUGAGAAGAAUCAACAACAACAACAACUCGAAGAAGAAUUGACCAUGCUCAUGUUGGAAGAAUGUGUGAAACGAUUAUUCAAUAUUCGUCAUGGUGUUGUUGUUUCAAGUAAUAGUAGUAAUAGUAGUAACAGUGGUAAUAGUUGUUGUAGUAAUAGUAGUAACAGUGGUAAUAGUAGUAACAGUAGUAGUAAUAUUGAGAGCACUAAAGAAAGUCAUAGAGAAGGUAAUGCUACAGAACAUAGCACUACUACUACUACCACCACUACCACUCCUUCUACAACAGAACCAUUUUCCAUGUACAUUUCAUACAAACAACAUAUUCGAUCAACAACACAUUUGUCAGAACACAACCAUUCUUCUUCCUCCUCCUCUUCCAUUCUAUACGAUUUAAUGAAUAACAAACGAAGAAUUCACAUGUGUCAUGAUGCAUCGGCUGAUAUUUUGCAAUUUGAAAGUGGAAUGAUUGAACAUGUGAAACAAAUAUUCCAUUCCAUUAUUGGUCAUGAAUGUUGUGAAUUCUUACCUAAACUACCAGAUCCUAAUCAACCUUCAGAAAGAAAUGAAGAGGAAGAAGCACUCUAUGAUGAAACAACAAAAUUAUUGGGCAUUGAUAAAUCCAAAAUAGAAUCAAGUACAGAAAAAAACAAUGUUAGUAGUAGUGAUAGUAGUAUUAGUACUCCAACACAGAGUGGUGGUGUGAGCGGUGGUAGUGAUGGUGUUGUUGAUGGUGAAGAGAAUUCAAAUAGAGUCAUUUCAUAA